GUAAGGCACCUGCGGUAGGCACCUGGAAGCAUGAUGCACAGACCCUACCAUCCUCAUAAAUGAGGGGUUCCAACCAGAGCCACCAUACCUUCCUCCGGUGGACAUCUAGAUCGUUCCUUCCAUCGGAACUUUAACUCUCUCAUCACGCAACGCCCUUGUUCGGCGGCCAACUUCGCUCCUUCCAAGGCCAGUCGGUGUUUCCGUCUACUAGUACCUGUAUCCAAGAAGGAAAUGGCUUCGCCCGUUUCACUCGAUGACGUCUUCCACGAAGCGGUUGUCAGCUUCGAAGAGAGCCUGACCGAGAGGCAGCGACUCGACUUUCGUAGAUGCUCCCGACGAGAGGUUGAAGAUACAAUCAGGUCCAUCGACACUGACCUAGCUUUGAAGCAAAAACAGCGCAAUAUGCGAAGAAUUUCAAAGUUCCUUGAGGGGAUGGAUCAGCUCGGGAAGGUUGUUGAAGUAUUCGUCAAUAGCGAUUCCAUAGCGCGUUUGUUUGGGGACCAAUCAAGUUUGCCUUGCUCGUCGCAGGAACUUGGGUUGAGACAUCGGACUGCCUUCUCGAUACCUACGUCGAGAUCGGCGACGUUCUUCCGGGUCUGUCACAAUACAAGAGCCUGCUCGGCAGGCACCCGUACAUCGCCUCCACCUGCAGCAUUAUUACUGCGAUAUACUGGAGUUUCACCGGAAAGCUCAUUUCAUCUUCUCAAGACCAAGUUGGAAACCCGUUUUUCACUCGGCAUAGAGAACAUUUAAGACACAGUUUGGGCCUAUUCUGACCAAGCUCAAGCGACAUCGAGAUCUCUUGUUAGACGAAACGAUCACUGCUGCUAUAAGUGAGGUCAGAGACUGUCGCCAAUCUGUGGAGG